UCCCCGCCUCCUGUUACUGAAAGCUACCAGGAAGUACACAGUUGGUAAAUGAAACAGACUGUCACACACUCACCUGGACUAGAGUAUAAACUGACAGCAGAGCGUUUCAUCAGAGAACAUGCCAGCAACACUUCAGGCCUUUAUCCUGACCUUUUCAACACUAUGCGGAUCAACAGUGGUAUCAGGAAUCCUCAGCAGUCCCACAAAUGUUCGCUUGACCUCCUACAACAUGAAUCUGGUGCUGACAUGGAAUCCACCCAAAGGGGCAGCCAGUGGCCUGAUCUACACAACUGAGUAUAAUACUUCAGUCAUACCCUACAGAGUAGGCUGUGUGAACAUCUCCACCCUCAACUGUGACUUCACUCGCCUCAACACUUCCAUGCGUCCAGCCAUCAUUGAGUAUGGAAAGUACUUUGGCAGAGUGCGGGCGCAGUUGGGGUCAGAGAGUUCUGCCUGGGUGGAAAGUAACACCAUUACCAUGGACAAAGAUACCAUCAUUGGUUCACCCAAUGUCUCUCUCUUCUCCAAUGGGGCUACUAUCGAAGUCAGCAUUAAAGAUCCAGUCUUUGCAGUCUCAACGCUCAGGAAUGUAUACAGCUUUGCCACUUACAACAUCACCUACUGGAAGAACAGCCAGAGGGAAAAGACCAGACACAUCAGCAAUAUACAGCAAAACCGGGUGGUUCUGAAUGACCUGGACCCAUGGACCGAGUAUUGCAUACAAGUCCAAAUCAACACAGAGAGAAAUCCCAAACCCAGCAAGCUCAGUGGCAUUGUCUGUGAGAGUACCACCAAUGAGGAAGCAGCUCCUUGGGUUGCAGCAAUAGUGACAUUUGUCUUCAUGGCAAUGGCAGUGGCUCUGGUGGUGGUCGCGGUUGUGUAUCGGGAAAGGAUAUCUAACUUUCUUUGUCCAAAAGAUGCACUGCCUCAGCACUUUAAAGAGUACCUGCUGGCACACCCCAACUCCACCAUCUACAUGGACAUGCGGAACUCCCACCCACCAGAGGAGAUAUACCACCAAAUCAGUAUCAUUGCAGAUGACAGAAGUGUGGAGGGAGAGGUUCCUCUGGAGGUAGCAAGGACUGCUUGCAGCAAACAGUGUGAUGUCACAGUGGAGGAGAGAUAGGAGGAAAUUAUCAGCUGGGAUGUAGAAGAGUGAAGAGUUGUAAUGCAACAAAUAUAUUCCUCAAAUAUAUAAGUCUUACUGUGAAGUGAUUAUAUGACAGUCACAGAGAUGUGUAGGUACAGGACUGAUAGCUCAUCCAGGUGAUGUUAUUUCUGUGCUGUUCAGUCCUAUGGUUGCUCGCAGUAUUACCACACACUGUACAUAACUGAAGGAGUAUGGCAUGCCCCAUUGGAGCUGCCCACACUAAAGUAUUUAUGCUACAAAGGUGCAACAAGAUGCCCAUCAACCAUUCUUAAUGUACAAUUCUGCAUUUCCAAAAUAUGGACUUAAAACUACCAUUCACUGGGCACACGAUUUGAAGCAUACAUAGUUUCAAUGGCCUCAUUGUGGCAAUAUGGUUUGUAUAUUGUAUUCAUGAUGAAAAUAAAUUCAGAAUUCAGUGUUGAUUGCUUGGUGAAAUUAGAACUGAAAGUAUGUUUGUGAAGGUCUCAGCAACAAGCAAACAUAAAUCCAGCUCAAACAUUUAUACAUGAAUGUUGUACUCGGGUGAACUUAAAUAAAGUAAUUAUUUGAA